AUGGCCUCGCGUAUAGUCCCUACUAUCCUGGAUCCGCUCAGUUCAUCCGCGCUGAACAAACUCAACGAGCCGACCCCUCCACCCACAAAGAAGCGCAAGAGAAGCGACGCAGAGGAAUUGAAUCAUGCUGCUGGACAGCUCUCUACGACCUCUAUUGUUAUUAGAGCCCACGCAGCAUCUUUAUCUGAUGAACCCUUAAACCUCCAACCAAUUACAGCCAUUCCCCGCUCUAGACUGCCCAUCUCAUGGCUUGACAACACACCUGCCUCUCGAUCCGACGAGCAACCGGGUGGCCUGUUCACCGCGGACAUCCCUACGCUAGAAAUUGACCUGCGCGCAAAAGCCGAACCUACCGUCCUUGCCGUGCGCCUGGUGGCUAACGGUAGCCUUUACAUUGUCGAAAGAGUGAAGAGGGGUUUAUACUCACUCUCGAAGCUCGCGCGAUGGGUGCACGAGGGCAACCUCAUUGUUGCGGUCAAAGGGUGGCAUGGGACCGACGUGGUGGAGGCGGAUGCCAUGGCUGUCAAUGAUACCUGUACUUUGUCUAAUGGAUCUGACUGGUGGCAGACUGCUCAGAUCGAUGAACCUGUCUCGGAUGUCAAGGUGGCCGAAAAGUCUGCUGGGCUAGAUAUUGCGGUUGUUUUUGGUCCCUCUGAGACGGAGCUUGCCAAUACCGACGCAUCCUUUGUCGGUGUAAUAGAGCAUCGAAGCCUUUCACUUGCCCCAUCAAGAAGCUUUGAUGCCGCCGAGGCGGGUUCAUUCUCGCUCACUGACUCUCAGAGCUUGGGGCAUGUCGUUGAGCCUAUGAAUGUCGAUGGCGUUGAAUCAAAUGUAGGGGAUGUUCAACAGUCUCCCGAAGAGCUACUCGAUGGGAUGCGAGAUCAUUAUUUGCAAGCUCUCUACGUUUCGAAGACUUCUGUGGCGUACUUUGCGAAAGGCCCACUUACACGCUGCCGGUCUGCUUUCCAGGCCCGCGGCGCGGAGCAGUCUCAGGGCCCGGCAGAUUUGAUUGAAUUUUAUCGCGAGGCUAUUCUCGCUGCAAAGAAAAUGGAUGUCAAAUACAGAGAAACAUUGCCAUCGACAGUCCGUGACGCAGCGCUCGCUAUCUCUGAUGACGGUACUAAGCCCCAAAAACGGAAGAGUAAGAAAAAGAAGAUGGGCAAGAAUGGACUUUAUCCAGAGGAGGAAGGUUUCAUUCACAGGUGGUGGAAGGAUAGAAUCCUGAAUGAGUCUUUAGCACAAGAAAUGUCGCGCGAAACAGAGUCCAAGAAACAGAUUUCGGAGCUUCGGCUGCGCGAGACACAACUGCAGAUACUCUUAAUUUUGGAGGUCAUGGUAUUGGAGAUGAUUAUUGCUGCGGCAGGGAAGAACAGCGCCGACAAAGAGAAAGACCUGAACGGAGAGGUAGAUGCGCCAAAGAAAUCCAAGACCAAAAAGCCCACAGAUCUGAACGUGGUUCUCGACCUCCAUCUUGAUCGAAUGUGCAUUUGGCACGCUGUCUCGAUGGAAGAAACAUCUGCUGCUACUACAGCAAAGGCUUCCUCAUUCAGUAGCAGCCACCUUUCGGGCAAGAAAGUCGAGAGCGAUGCGGUGCGUGACUUUUGCACAGAAGUCAUCAUUCCAUUCUAUGCCGCACGCCUCCCGGACAAGUGCAAGUUGAUCACUCGCAAAUUUGGCGUAUCUAGCGGUAUCUCCCCAGCUGCCAAAAAGACACAACCUCUGAGAUCACACCGUGUGGAACCCGGAGCGGAAAUCAAGCGACAACAGCCUGCACCGAAGCCCCGACGGACAUUGCAGCGAGUGCUCACGGACGAUAAAGCCGCAAUGUCCCAGGCUCGGCACCCGGGAUUGAGUCGAUCCAACACGGCACCAACCCAACACAAUGGAAAGCGUAGCCUUGAUCCUUUGUUACCCACUGUGCUCAGCGGCAGUGUUCGUGGUGGCAUACAGAAAGCGAAACGUACAGAAAACCGCGAGGUGGAUCUGAAUGCCAUAGCGCGACAGCAUGAGGCCAAAUUACGCAAAGUCCAAAUGCUGGCAGAUCAGAAGAAAGAACUGGAUGCUGCUAUUCAAGCGCUCCGUAAACCAAACAGAGAACUUGUUUCUAAGGAUCUGGCUGACGAUGCAUCGAAACGAGUUACAAACGGUGGGGGCAGUUCAAGGAAAUCGCGCAACCCUGUACGAAACCCGUUCGGCGAAGGUGUACAGGUCAUGGCGACUCCUCGAGGCAACCGAAAGAAGGACGUGGUGGUUGGGUUACCGUCGCAGUCUCGCAGUCUCGCCCCAUCCCGGUCAUUUGCUGGUGUUGAAAACUCACCUUUCGGCGAAUCCCCUGUUAUGAUCCCAUCCUCGAGUCGACGAGCAAUCUCAUUCUCUGGCGCCGACUCCGACCCUUUCAAUUCUCAUGACAUCUCUCACGAGGGACGAGACCGAGCCAUUCAAGAAACUCCAACUAGACCGUCCUCUAAACUUUUCCAGAGUGAUACUAUAGCUGCCCGUCGGCCAUCGUCCUCUACGGGCAAAGGGCUCUUCAGAGUGCCCAACCUCCCAACCCCUCGGUCAUCCACGCAAUCAAUGGUCCCAGGCUCCCCCAUCCAUUCACGCCCCAGCACUGUCUCCUCAUUCACAGAGAACUUGUCGGCAUCAUCUCGACGACUCAGCCAGUCCCUCAACCACGCCCGCGCCUCGGCAAUCAUGGAGACCCCACCCAAGAAAAGCGCAUUGCACAGCAUAUCUACACCCACGGCUGUGCCUUUUUCUCUGUCUCUUGAUGCCAUGGUCAUGGAUCAUUCUCGCGCUCAGUCUCCACCGGUCGUCAUGGGCACCCCGGUCAAAAGUGCCACGACUGUGCCAGUCACUCCCGAAAAAUCGCAGUCCAAGUCGAUAUACGAGCAACUGGGCUGGGAUGAUGAGAUGGAAUUCUAA